GCACGCAAUCAUUCAUACUAGUCGGACUCAUAAUCGGGCCCGAGCUCAUUGUCGCUGACAGGCUCCUCGCAGUGUUCGGGUCAGCGUUCUUUGGAUUGAUCCAUGCCCAGCCUAAACUUGAAACGAACUUCGAAAGCCAGAAAUUAUGCUAUCGGUAUUGGUCUCCUUCUUGUGGUCGUCUUUCUAUGGACAUUCUCGAACUUCCUGACGCAGGAUUUGUUCGAGGGUGGAUACGACAAACCUUUCUUAGUAACGUAUUUGAACACGACUGCAUUUGCAUUCUAUCUAUUUCCGUUUGUGAUACGGAAAUACUGGGCAAGUUAUCGAAAGCAAGACAGCAUCUCGACAGGAACCUAUCAACCGCUACGUCAAGAUUUGUCGAGUACUUCUGAAUUUACUAUCGACGAUGUGCCCAUAGAGACACGUGAUACCCCUUUGACACCUCGCGAAACUGCAAGACUCGCAUUCUACUUCAUGUUCCUCUGGUUCAUAGCUAAUUGGACCUUAAACGCCGCCCUUGGAUAUACGAGCGUAGCUAGUGCAACCAUACUGUCCAGUACGAGCGGAUUUUUCACUCUCGCCUUGGGCCGUUUGUUUCGUGUAGAAACGUUGAGCGGCGGAAAGAUCGGUGCUGUAUUGACAAGCUUCACCGGCGUUAUUCUAGUAUCUCUGUCAGAUUCAGCUCGAGAUCAUCCGGUUAAUCCCGCUUCCGUCGUUGCAAUGAACUCUCGACCCAUUUUCGGGGAUUUUCUCGCACUGCUAUCAGCCAUAUUUUAUGCCCUUUAUGUGAUUUUCCUCAAAGUCCAGAUACAAGAAGAAUCGCGGAUCGACAUGCAGCUUUUCUUUGGGUUCGUCGGGUUGUUCAACGUCUUCUGUUGUUGGCCAUUGGGUUUUAUCUUGCACUGGACUGGCCUCGAAAAUUUCGAGUUGCCAUCAGGAGAGAAAGUAAUAGCCGCUAUUGUGAUCAACAUGUUUAUCACACUCUCGAGUGACUUUCUCUAUGUGUUGUCCAUGCUCAAAACAUCGCCUUUGGUUGUUACGGUUGGACUGAGUCUCACCAUACCACUUGCUGUCGUUGGCGACUUUUUCCUUGGAAAGCCUACCAAAGGACAAGUCCUGUUCGGGGCACUACUGGUGCUGAUUGCAUUCAGUAUCAUCGGAAUUGAAAAUUCCAAAGUCAAAAACGAGCAAGAUCGAGAGGAAGAGGCUGGUGUAAGCGGGCAGCACCAUCAGGCUCGUCUUGGAGGAGAUCUGUCUUAAUCACCCUGAAUCCUGUCAUUGUAUACCGAUCUCCGUUUUAUAGACAAUAGAUGCUUAGAAAAAAGGGUUGCCCCAAUCAAACAUAACCAACCAU